AUGCCUGACGCGCCUCCGCGCAAAAGGCGCGCCCGAUUGGCGUCGCCGGAGCGCGAACCAUGCGAGUUCAUGGAACCAGAAUGUGAUAGCCAGCGUAAAAAAAUUAUUAUUUUAGAGGAUAUACAAUUGGUGCCCCCCAAACACGCCGAAAUCAUGGCUAACGUCGAGAUACAUAACAUUCAACAAUCGCCGCCCGGGGAUGUCGAGAUAGAUGAAAUUCAACUAUCUCCGCCCAGGGACGUGGAGAUACAAGACCUGAAACCUAGAGAUUUGCUGCGUAUCGGAAACAAUAUGGUAGCCGAGGCUGAUGACGAAGUAACUGUGACGCCUUCCACUAGCAAACAGCGUACUUCGAUUGGGGUUAUUGACAAGAAUUUCGACGUUGUCGUUGGCGACUGGAUAAAACUGACCGAUGACCUAAGUGACUGUGACAUGGACACAGAAAACGAGGACUGCUUUCUCCCUGUCAUGACCUCACGCAACGCUACGGCGGAGCCUGCAGCUGAAACUGACAUGACGUUGUACGAGACAGUUCAGGACAACUUUGGCGGAAGACUUACUAAAGUUACACCGACAUAUUGA